AUGGCGAUGUUUGAGGAUGCGGAAACCCGAUUUGUCACGGUUGGAGACAUCAAGUUCGCCUACCGACAACUUGGGCGUGAAUACGGGGUGCCCCUCAUGCUCCUGAUGCACUUCAGGGGGACCAUGGACGACUGGGAUCCAGCUCUCGUCGACCCGCUAGCCCAGGCCCGACCUGUCUUGCUCAUCGAUAAUGCCGGCGUGGGGAGAUCUGGCGGUGAGGUGCCCAAAUCCCUGACGACAUGGGCGCAGCAUUAUGUGGACGUCACGUCCGCCCUGGGUAUCCAGCAGGUUGACGUUAUGGGCUUUUCCAUGGGUGGAUGCGUUGCCCAACUUGUGGCCCUCAAUGCUCCCCGCGGAAUGGUACGCCGUCUGGUGCUCUGCGGCACCACUCCAAGCACCGGCGAGGGAGUGACGAAAGCUCCCCUAGGCCCCUUUAACCGACUCAAGGCGGCCAGCACGGCGGCGCAGCACCGGAAUGCGUUCCUGGAUGGCUUCUUUACCAAGUCGAAGCGGAGCCGGGCUGCUGGCAUAGCAUCGUGGAAUCGUAUUGCCGACGCUCGGCAGCAUCGAGUAGCCAUGACGCCCAAUGCCGUCCAUAGACAAGCCGUGGCAUUUGCCAGAUUCAUGGACCCAAACAUGCCACACGAAGGGACAUAUGAUAGAUUCCAGGAGCUGACGCUUCCUGUCUUGGUCGCCAAUGGCUGCGACGACCUAUUGCUGCCGACGGAGAACAGCAUCCUGAUGUGGAAGAUGCUUCGUCACGCUGGGGCACACCUGCAUCUUUAUCCCGAUUCCGGCCAUGGGUUUCUGUACCAAUAUGCCGGUCACUUUGCGAAGCUGAUCAACGACUUUCUCGAGCAACCAGACGAGAGGCAUACGAGUAGUCGCCUCUGA